GGAAGGGGGGCGGGGGCUUGCUUCCUCACAUCUCUCGCUCGCAUCCUGCGUUGCUCUGGCGCUGCUUGCGUGUGUGCUUGGCUGCGUCCCCUUUAUCGCUGUCCUCAUCAGAUCAGAUGUUGGAUUGAUAUGUGGCUGCUGGGCGGAACGCAGAGAGCGGAGUCAUACACAGAUAUAUGGAGGGAAGACCUUGUCUUGUAAUGGGUUCCUAAUCACCAACAUCCCUCCUUCACCGUCACCAUGUUCAUACUGCAUACUAACAUGCUGUGACUCACAUCACUUUUGUGCUCUCCUUGCAACCCAUCGGAUGCUCGCUGUGGGGCUGGUACGCGGCUUCAAACACGUCCGUCACGUUCCCUACGGCACUUACGUUAACCCCUCUGUCUUCUGCUGCCUGCCUGUCAUGCUCAACCGGUGACACCGCCCCCCCUUCGGUUGGCCACUGUAACACUCUCUUUCACAAAAAUGCCCAACAAUGCAUCGCGGCGUGUGCAGAAUCUCAUCCUCGAGAUCUUGCACGCGCAACCCUCGCUCAGGGAUAGCAGAGUCUACCUCAACACCUUUGGGCCAAAGUCGCAGUCCGGAGCGCUGCCUUCCUCCUCCUCCUCUUCUCCCAAUGCGCUGGCCCCUAUCGCCGAUGCUCACGCAGACAGCAGCAUCAGCAACAGCCGCAAUGAUCACGCUCCGAUAGCUUCUCGUGCAGGCUCCGCAGCAAAUGGCCUGAAGCCGCAUGUCCCCUUCUCCCAGACGGCACAGCUACUGCUUACCGAGCGACAGUCCCCAUCGCCGGCCCCGCAAUGCGCGAGCGAAAGAGAAGCACUCUUGGGUGUGCACACAAGCCGGCCGGGCGACGCCGCUAAAGCUGGCAAGGCCAAGCCCAAGGCUAGGGCAGGCAGCGGGCGCGGGAGCAGCAGUGCAUGGAGCUUCCUGGAGCAGCGGCAGCGCGCGGCGCGCCCUUUUGCUCUCAGCGGCAGCGGCAGUGGUUCCUCUUCGUCUGUGCUACGCGGCAUGCAGCCUCAGAAUCUAGAGACCACUCAGGGAAAGGGCACGGGGAAAGAGGUGGCCGAUGCUGAGCAAGUUACUGUCCAUGAAGGCGACCCCGAGGAUGGUACGCAUCGGCUGCAAGGAAGUGAUGUACGCUCUGUUCAACGGCAGUUGGACGCAUCUGGCGUGCGUGCUAAAAUCACUACUGGCUCGAACGAUCCACAUCUACGACAAGAUCAGCAGCCGCAGCAGCAACAGCGUCAGGAGGUCCCCGUCCCCUCGCCAGAUGCCGCCCCGCACUCACAGGAUCAUGUCGCGCUCGUCAAGAUCCAAGGGCCUUUUACCUCGCGUCAGCUCUCCUCCAUCGCGGAGGGAAUGGUCUACCUGAAACGCCUUGGACUCAUCAGCAUCAUUGUCGUUGAUAACGAAGACUGGCGCCCAAUGGCGCUCGAGCGCAAGAGGCGUUCGUUGCGAUCGCAGCGGCUCAUGUCGCAGGCGCCCGGUAUGCACGAUACCCCGCGCCAGGCACCUCUCCUUCGGUCUGACACCUAUCAGCGGCUGCACAACCCCGAGGUGAGCGUACAACGUUUCGAUCAGCGCGGCAGGCUCGUCGUCGACAGCAGGGAGCUGAGGGAGGAAGAGGAGUUCAGGCAGUGGGCCUCAGCGCAGCGCACUCGGAAAGCCGCACAUGUGCUUGGCGAACAGCAGCAGCAGGCGCCAUCUGCCCCGCCAGCGUCGUCGUCUACAAACAAUCACAGCAUUUCCUCUCCACUAACACAGCCUAAGCAACAGCAGAACCAGCACGCGAUGCACAGCCACGAGUCGCUACGGUGCCGCAUGGUCGCGCAGACACACGCGAUCGCCGAGCUGCUCUGUGCACACGGCGCACAAGCGCGUCCGUUCCCAUUUGCUAUGAUGCGUGUCGACGCGCACGCCGCGCAAGCUUCUCGCGCCGCGCUCGACGCUGUUGCUGGCCUCGCCGCGACGAGCGCCAGCACCGGCACCGGAAACGGAAACGACAAUGCCCCGCUAGACAAGGAGAUCGCAGAGCGUAGCCCACUCGUCGCCGAUGACGGUCUGCGUGGGCUGAAAAGCGCACUCGUCGCAGACCAGAUCCCCGUCCUUGCUCCCUUGGCUCUGUACGAGGACCUUGAGAAUGGAGUGGUGCGCACUGUCACUGUCUCCGCGGACGACCUGCUCGUUAACCUUGCGCGGGAGAUGAGUCUUGAAGGUGCCAGGUCCGGCCAGAGAGGAGAGGUGGCGAAGGAUGUGGAUCUGACGCCGGUCAGACUUAUGGUCAUUAAUCGCGAAGGCGGCAUUCCGUCACAUGCGCGUGGCGGCAGCCCGCAUCUGUCGAUCAACUUGGCAUCUGAGUACAAGCAGAUCCGACAGUCAUUCACAUGGGGCAAGACGCAUCCUACGGCGCUGUCGAAUCUGUCCACCGCACAUGCGUGCUUGUCGUACAUCCCCAAGACCUCGUCCGCCAUCGUCGUCUCGCACCGCUCGCCGCGCUCGCUGAUCGCUAACCUGAUCACCAAUAAGGCAGCGCACUCGCCUAGCUUGCCGCAUCGCCUGCUCGCUGGGCGCCAGGACGUUAAGCACACGCCAACAAUCAUCCGCUCCGGCCUGUCGGUCAGAGUGCUGUACGAGUUUGAUCGCAUUAACUGGGACAAGAUGACCGCGCUGCUCGAGGCGUCUUUUGGUCGGCGACUCCAUCGCGAGAAGUACGUCGAGCGCGUGCGGCGCUCACUCGAUUUCGUCAUCAUCACCGGCGACUACGAGGGCGCGGCGAUCGUGACGAAGGAAUACGCGCCAUCCGACGACCCCACUACCGCGGAGCCAAUUGCGUACCUGGACAAGUUCGCAAUGCUGCCACAGCUACAGGGCAGCGGUGCCGUCGAUUUCCUAUGGGGAGCCUUGCGCGACGAGGUUCACGGCCUCGGUCUGCUCGACGCGCUCAACGACAAUGGCGGCAAAGGGGGGUUUGGCGCGGGCCGCGACCUCGUGUGGAAGAGCCGCGCGAACAACCCGGUCAACAGAUGGUACUACGAGCGCAGCAACGGCUUCGUUAAGAUGGAUGUGCGCAGCGCCGCGGACCGCCUGCGCGACCCGGCACCACAGCUCAACUGGUCGCUGUUCUGGUGUGACGCCGAGGAGCGUCUCGCGGCCAUGGCGGGAGAGUUUCGACUUGGCGCUAGCGCCAGACCGGAAGAAUUCAUGGACCUUGUCGACGAAGAGGAGGAACGCCUCCGGCUGGCUCUCGGCGCGGCAGAGGAGCAGGACAUGACAAGGGAUCUCUCGUCUGCCUUCUCAAUAUCUGGUUCGAGACUCCCGUCGCCGACCGUAAUGGCCGCGGCGCUGGCUGCAGCCGGCUCAUCCUCGUCCUACCCGUGGCAACGCGAUUUGAACGCAUUGCGUAACCCACGGCGACCCGAGCACGGAGGUAGCACGCUCCUCCCCGUGGUUGCACCUGAAGAAGAGGGGCGCAUCCAGCGAUGGGCAGAGUGCAUGUGCACAAUCCCAUCCGCGUGGCUUUGAGGCAAGCACAGAAUCACACAGCAAACCUACUCAUUAGACACAUCUCAUCGCGCAUCGCAUGUAAUAUGCAGCGCUACUGCUCACAACGUACACCCUUGCAUUUCAGAAUAUUUUCUGGUAUUGCUGCGAACUUUACAGAUUCUUCUGAUGCACUGUCUGCUUGGCCGCGCGGAGAUUUGAGAGAUGCUCCCUGAUCCACUCCUCACGCUGCUCUGGCUUGUGUGCGAAGGCUUUGUACCGCGCAUCGCCCUUCAGGACAGCAUGGACCUCAUCGAGGUCGAAACUGGCCACCAUGUCGAUCACGUCCUUCUCCAACUCCUCAUCCUCAUCGCCGCCUGCGACCGCAGCAGCAUCGGCUUCAGCCUUGUGACCGACAUCGGUGGCCUCUUGUGCGUUCUUGGCCUGGCGCAGUCGCCCCCAGAAUUCGACAAAGGUGUU